AUGAGCGCAACGUUUCUAUCAUUAUUAUCAUGGGAGAGGCACUCACUAGCUGUCGUUCGCAACGAAGCCACCGUGCUACAACGCUAUCUAUUAUCAGACUUCAACACCCUCAGGAAGAACAACUACAGAAUUUUCUUCUCGGGCUUCAGAGCACACGAGUAUUCGGCAACCGAGUUCCAAUCGAACGACGGCACAAGCAUACGUAAUCCUCCGAGGAAAUCAUUUCCCCACUGUUACUGA